AUGCAAAACAGUCAAAAUGCUAAAAAAGACCUGUACAAGGUGUUACCUGAUCUACCAGAUUACGUCAGAAAGGAUCAGCAGAAGCACGAGGGAUACAGCACAGACCAGAUUCCGCCAUUUCUAUCAACCACAAAUGCUAUUGUUUCUGAGAAAAUCAGCAGUGACCCAAACCUGAUUAGGAGCACAAUGUAUACGGUUCCCCAUACUGAAUACGCCUUGGCCGACUCAUCUGUUCCAUUUUCACUGGUAAUGACGCCAUUCAAUGAUCGGGCCAAUGUGGCUGUUGUUAAAACAGUGGAUAAGUGCCAUUCAUGUCAAAGUUAUGCAUCCAGGACAACAACUCUUGGUGAUAAUUUGAUUAGGUGUUCAAUAUGUCACUCUCAGAUUGUGGUGAUGGACAAGACAAUUCUGAACUAUGCGACAUACGAUAUUGUAGACGAGAAUCAGACGCCUAUGUUGCCUAUAUUCGCAUUUGUGGUUGAUCUAAGUGCUGGAAUUCUUACAAGAAGUGUGAUAGCAGCAAUUAAGAAAGUAGCAACAUCCGAAGAUUUCAGGACACUCUACAAGAGAGCAGUAUUUCUGGUUCUGAAUGGUGGAAUUGUCACAUUUAGCAAAGAUGAGACGCAUUUAUCAGUUGUGAAGAUGUUUGGGGAAGAUGCACCUGUGUUUAUGGGAAGUUCAAUUUUGGAUACUGAAAACACCAGUCAAAUCAAACAGGCUAUUUCAUACAUAGAAGAGAUGAACACUGGUGGAUUUACACCAGAUAAAAUGUAUAUGAGGCUUCUUGGUAGCGUAAGUUUGCUUGGUCCAACUAAGGCAGCAUUAUUCACAAACAGACAAUCUUCCUACAAUUAUGAAGAAUACUUCAAAAAGUAUAAGGGAGUCACAUUCAACUUAUUCUGUCUGAAGACAGUGGAUUUGAGCAAUAAUACGCUGGCCAGGAUGGCAUUCUAUACAUCAGGGAAUGUAUUUAGGUACACACAAGGAAGUCCACAGGUGUAUGAUGACCUCUAUCACAUAGCAUGUUCAAAAUCAGUGUUCAAUGCUACUGUAAAACUGAAAGUAUCUGAUAACCUGGUUAAAACAGACGUAGUAGCAUCCACCUUGGAGACCAAUUUGAGUGCAGUCUACAUGAAUCAUCUGAAUACAACCACAUCACUGUUGUUCAAGUUAUCGUUACAAGACCCAUCUAAAGAACGAAAAGCAAUUCAAAGCGUAAUAAAAUACGUAGAUUACGAUGGAUUGGCUAAGACACGUGUGCUGAAUAUGCUACUGAAUGCAGAUAAAUCAAUCUAUAGCAGUCUAUCAGUGGAUACGAUAUUCACAGCACUAGUGAAGAGCAAAUUGGAUGAGGAGGUUGAUUUGGAUGUGGAAUUGGCUAAAAUGCUGGCAACGUACAGGAGAAAGACACAGACGAAAGAUGAAUCAUUUGUGAUACCAGAGAGUCUGAAGAUUCUACCGGUGUUGAUUCAGGCGUACAAGAAAAUUGACAAAAAGGACAACUUAUUCCUGUAUAAUGCAAAUGUGGAACAGAUGCUGAGAUACUUCUAUCCCAGGCUGAUUUCACUAUCAAGCUACUUCUUCAACAAGGAGUGUGACACAUUGCGUCUCUCUCUACGAAACAUCUCAGAUAAUGAGAUCUACAUUAUGGAAAAUUCAAGGGAAAUCAUGUUUUACGCAUCAAGAGGAGUAGAUUCUGGUGUAUUAGAGAGCAUAUUUGUGGAUGUUGAUGCGAUUAAUGACGAGUCACAUAUCACUAGAGAGAGUUUCAACAUUAAAACAGAGGAAGGAAGAGUCUGUCUAAACCUGGUGGAUGAAAUACAGAACAAAUAUGGUUAUCCACUGAAAAUAAGCGUAAUUCAGGCAGGACGCCCUAAUGAAGUCAGGUUUAAGGAGUAUAUGGUGGAGGACGAAAUCAAUGAGCAGAUUUCAUAUAGUGACUAUGUCAUCGAGCUCCAUUCUAUGGUCAAACAGAAGCCGUAA